AACAAUCAUAUAGUCCUUCCUGAUAUCAAUAUUAGUCAGGUCAUCUAUUGGUUUAAAAGGAAUUAUCCUACAGUUGUUCGAGAGCAACAGGAAUUGAUCUUUGGUACUUUGACUCAAGGAUCUGAUUCAGUUAGAAAUUUCUAUAGAAAGAUAGAUAAAUAUGCUGGCUGGGCUCGAAUAUCCGAUCGUGAAAAAAGAAUACAAUUUUUACGUGGUUUGUCUCCUGAAAACAAGUUAGAAAUGAAACAACUGGGUUUAAACAGACCUUUGAACGAUGAUUUGAUUGAGACACUGGAAGAGAUUGAAACAGCAAGGAAUGAUUUACUUUUGGGCGAAGAUAUUUAUAACCAGCCGGCCACUAAGACAAAAUCAAAAGCGCCUUCCCAUCAAAAUAUUACUACAGAAGAUAUUGAUAGGAUUGUAAAUAGUAGGAUUCAGGCGUUACAACAAUCGGCGCCAAAUCUAUCACCGGUGUCUUCUUCUGGCCAGGAAAAUAUCACUAAGGCUGAUUUACAAGAAGCUAUAGCUAAAUCCUUUCAAGAGACUUUGUCUCGAGGAACUAAGACUCUAGAUAAUAGUAAAAAAUCGGCCAAUAAGAGAGGGGAAGACCUUAUUAUUAGACGAUUUUUAAGUGAACUUCUAAGGACAAAAUCAAAUAAGCAACCUGAAGAUGAUUAUAAUUAUGACCCUGUGGAUGAUAUUACUGACAGUAUGGCCGGCAUGACACUAAAUAGUGCCACAAUAAAUGCUAUCAAAUCCGCCGUUAAAAGUGCCGUUAAGAAAAAAUGUACCAAGUGUGGUAGAUUUGGACACACUUCUCGUAAGUGCUCUGUAAAGAAGAAAAAGAAAAGCAAGAAGUCGAAGAAAGGUAAGGUCAAUCUCGCUAUAGAACCAGAUUCAGAUUCCUCUUCAGACAGUACUUCUUCUAGCGAUAGUUCCGAUUCUGAUACAAGUUCUUCUGAUUCUUCUGAUUCUGAUGAUGAAACUAUUCGUAAAGUCCUCCUAAGUGAGCUUAAAUUAUUUUUUCCUGAACGUUUCUCCAAAGACUCUAGUCCCGUUAUGUCCGAACAGAUAGUGGCUCCUAUGGAGCGCGUCUCCGGCCAAAAUGACACAUCGGCAUCUUCCAACGAUUUAUUUUCGGAUGAGUCUAGUCAAGAGGAGGAGUUUUUAGAUGGUCCUAUGGAGAUCGAUUUCGUCAAGAAGAAGGAGCCGAAAACGAGUGUUGCUACUGUGAAGUGCAAAAUCAAACGCUUAAAGAUUCCAGCCAUGACUCUUGACUCCAGAGCAGAGCCUCCAAUUAUAACAAAGAAUAUUGUUGUUCGUGUUAAGGCUAAAAUAGAUGAAUCUGAAAAACACGACCUUAGCGGUAUAGCUACUGUCCCGAUUGAAUCUAUUGGUGUCGCCCGCAAUUUGCCAAUUACUUUAGCUCCUGGACUCACUAUUCAUGAAGAUUUUAUAGUUGUAGACUAUCAUAAGCCAACGCUAAUAUUUUCUAACCAACUCCUAAAGAAAUAUGGGUGCGCAGUGGACUGGAAUACAAAUGAGCUAAAGAUUCCUUUUAAUGGAAAAGAUUAUAUUAUCCCAGUCACUAUGCAUAAGGUUAAGAACAAGCUCGAGGUGAAUUACGCGAGGACUACUCCCGAAUGUGAUGAUCUGCCAGCUCCGGACUGUAUUUCACAUGACUUGCAGGACUUGAGUGAGGAGGACACAUUAAAAAAAAAGUGA